CUGGAGAUGAACGAAAGCUCACGCUGGACAGAAGAAGAAAUGGAGACGGCUAAAAAAGGUCUCCUUGAGCAUGGGCGGAACUGGUCAGCCAUUGCCAGGAUGGUGGGCUCCAAGACCGUGUCGCAGUGCAAAAACUUCUACUUCAACUACAAGAAGAGACAGAACCUGGACGAGAUCCUACAGCAGCACAAACUAAAAAUGGAGAAAGAAAGGAAUGCAAAGCGGAAGAAGAAAAAGGGCACUGCCGUGCAAAAUGAAGAAGCUGCCUUCCCUCCCGCAGCUGAGGAUGAGGAAAUGGAGGUGUCGGGGACGAGCGGCAACGAAGAGGAGAUGGCUGAGGAGGCCGAAGCUGCAGUAAAUAACAGCUCCGACACUGAGAGCAUUCCCUCGCCAAGGCCCGAAGCCAAAGAGGGAGGCGAAAACGGGGCCAAGGCACCACCCGGGCCGGGAGGUGAUUCCAGCGCAGAACCAGCAGUCAAGUUGGAAGACGCUCCCACACCCCCCGAUGCUCUCCCAGCUCCCACUGCUCCUGCCACCAACCCUGCUCCUGCCAGCAGCCCUCCUGCGGAGGCAACUCCCGAGCCGGCCACCAGCGAGGAGAAAGCACAAGAGGACCUGGUGGUGGACGUGGUGAAAACGGAGGAGCCGGAGGAGAAGGAGAGUGAGGAGCCCUGCAAGGGCGAGGUGAAGAAAGAAGAGAACGAAGACAGCCAGGAGAAAGACAAAGGGAAUGACAAGAAAGCGGAAAGCAGUGUCAGUGGUGGAGGGACAGCAGGGGCAGAGGGGACGCCCAAGGCCGAGAAGAAGGAGAGUCAUAAAGGCAGUAAGGGCCCCGGUGUAAACCCUGAUAGCGACUCCAGCGCAACCUGCAGUGCGGAUGAGAUGGACGACCAGGAUGCUGUGGACAAGAGCAGGUUGCUGUCCCCCAGGCCCAGCCUGCUCAACACCGCCAGUGAUGCCAGGCUGAACUCCUCGCCGCAGAAACCCCUGGACCUGAAACAGCUAAAGCAGCGUGCUGCUGCCAUUCCUCCCAUUAUUUCGGAAGGUUUCUCAGAGGGGAUAUUGCAGAGCGGAAGUGUGAAGCCUCAGGUGCCUCCCCAUGCCUUGGCCCUCUACCAGCAGCAGAUCACUAAAGCCCAUGAGUCUGCCCGCGAGGACAUGCCCCCAGGCAAGCUCUCGCAGUCCCAGCAGCAACAACAGCCUGAGAAGGAGCAGCAGCAGCCUAGCAGCAGUCCCAGGGGAAAGAGCAGGAGCCCAGCUGUCGGUGACAAGGAAGAAAAACCCAUGCAUUUCUCGUCCAUCGCAGAGGCUCAGAAGCUAAGCGCAGAGCAGACAGCCGCCUCGUGCUGGCCUCCUGUCCUGUCCUACCCUCGGGAUGUGAUAAAAACCUCUCCCCAGGCAGAGCCCCACUUGUUUCAGUAUAACCCACCAGGACACCCCAUCCCACUAAACUUGCACGAGAGUUCUCGGUCAGGGCUGCAAAGACUGACGAGCAUCUCGAACCCUCCUCCCCUCAUCUCCUCCACUAAGCAUCCCUCUGUGCUGGAGAGACCCGUCGGGUCCAUUUCCCAGGGCAUGCCCAUUCAGCUCCAUACCCCGUACAGCUCCGAGCAUGCAAAGGUUCCCGUUGGCUCCAUCACCAUGGGCCUGCCACUGACUAUGGAUCCCAAGAAACUGGUGCCUUUUCCUGGAGUAAAGCAGGAACAACUUUCUCCUAGAAGCCAGGCCAACCAGCCGGAAAGUCUGGUUAUGCAGCCGGCCCAGGAGGGCUCCAUCCUGCGGGGUACUUCACUCGGCCCUGCCUCAGGAGGGAGCAUCACCAAGGGAACGCCCACGUCCAGGCCCCCUCCCGAGUCGCCCAUCACGUACCGAGGGUCCAUCACGCAUGGCACCCCAGCAGAAGUGCUGUACAAAGGAACCAUUACCAGGAUAAUCGGAGAAGACAGCCCCAGCAGAGCAGAGAAAGUGAGAGAGGAUGCCAUGCCCAAAGGACAUGUCAUUUACGAGGGGAAGAAAGGCCAUGUGCUCUCCUACGACGGUGGUGUUGCUGCUUCUCAGUGUCCCAAAGAUGAUAGCAGGAGCUCAGGAGCUUCACAUGAGACCACGGGAACCAAGCGGACCUACGAUAUGAUGGAAGGGAGGAUCAGCAGGGGCUUAUCAGCCCGUGAUCCGUUAUCUGCCAGCAUUGAAGGUCUAAUGGGUCGAGCAAUCCCUCCAGACCGACAUAGUCCCCAUAACCUAAAGGAACAGCAUCACAUCCGGGGCUCAAUAACACAAGGAAUACCUCGGUCCUAUGUGGAGGCCCAUGAGGACUACCUCAGAAGAGAAGCCAAACAGCUCAAGAGGGAAAACACUCCACCAAGGGACUUAUCUGAUGCCUAUAAGGUCAGGUCUCAUGAGGGCCUUACUCCCCUGAAAAUGAAACCAGCCCACGAAGGCCUGGUUGCCACGGUGAAAGAAGCAGGAAGAUCAAUCCAUGAGAUUCCCAGGGAGGAGCUGAGGCGAACACCGGACAUCUCUCUGACCAGGCCUCUGAAAGAGGGCUCUAUUACACAGGGUACCCCACUGAAGUAUGACAGCAGCUCUUCCUCAGCGAGUACCAAAAAACAUGACGUCCGGUCCAUCAUUGGCAGUCCUGGGAGGACUUUUCACUCUGUGCACUCGCUGGACGUCAUGCAAGACCCAAGGAAUCUGGAGAGAGCUUAUGAAGAGAGCCUGAAAAACAGGCCAAGCCCAGUGACAAACUCAGGUGGCUCGAUUGCCAGAGGGGCUCCUGUGAUUGUACCUGAACCAGGAAAGCCGCACCAAAGCACCCUUGCCUACGAGGACCACCAGGCAGGGCACAGCACGGCGUUCGGCAGCCAUUUGCACAGAGGGUCUCCAGUCUCCACAAGGGAAUCCACGCCACGGCAACACGAAGGGAGCAUCACUGCCGGGAAGCCGGUGUCCCAGGACAGAAAGAUCACCCCCACGUCACGAGAGCUCACCAACUCCAAGUCUCCGCACGCCCCGGUGGCCGAGCACCACCACCCCAUCUCCCCAUACGAGCACCUGCUCCGGGGCGUGAGCGGGGUCGACCUGUACCGGGGCCACAUCCCGCUGGCCUUCGACCCCGCUGCCAUCCCCAGGGGAAUCCAACUGGAAGCAGCUGCUGCUUACUACCUGCCGAGGCAUCUGGCUCCGAGCCCCACGUACCCCCACCUCUACCCCCCAUACCUCAUCAGGGGGUACCCGGACACGGCUGCCAUGGAGAACCGACAGACCAUCAUCAACGACUACAUCACCUCGCAGCAAAUGCACCACAACGCCGCAGCCACGGCCAUGGCGCAGCGGGCGGACAUGCUGCGCGGCUUGUCGCCCCGGGAACCCUCGCUGGCUCUCAACUAUGCAGCAGGCAUCAUCGACCUGUCCCAAGUGCCACACCUGCCUGUCCUCGUGCCCCCCACCCCUGGCACCUCGGCCACCUCCAUGGACCGCAUAACCUACAUCCCUGGGCCCCCCCAGACCUUCAGCAGCUGAGACAGCAGCUCCCCGCUCUCCCCAGGAGGCCCCACACACAUGACCAAACAGUCAGGAUCAUCGGUGUCUGAGCGGGAACGGGAUCGGGAUCGUGAACGUGAGAGGGAGCGCGAGAAGUCCAUCCUAGCAUCCACCACUGUGGAGCAUGCACCCAUCUGGAGACCAGGUACGGAGCAGUCCAGCAGCCGUUCGUCCUCGCACUCUCACAGCCACCAGCACUCUCCUGUCUCCCCCCGCACCCAUGAGACCAUCCAGCAGCGCCCCAGUGUGCUCCACAACACAAGCAUGAAGAUCAUCUCCUCAGAGAACCCCACCCCUUCCGUCCUGCGAUCCUCGUCCACCACUACCACGUCGCCGAUCCGCUCUGCAGGCUUCCCCUCAGCCUCCGCUCUGCGCUCCUCCAUUGGCACGGUGGACAGCUAUGCAGCCAUGAUGGACCCAGCCGUCCUACAGAAAGAGGCCUCGAGGGCCCGAGAAGCCAAGGUAGAACGUCCCCAGACUGACAACAACAUAUUCACCUCAAAGCUGCCCGCUGGGGCCAACCUAGAACAGUCGCCUUCGCCUAUUAAAGCCAUGGAGUCGAGGCCUUUACCCGCCUCUGGGCCCGGUUCUUCUCAUCACUAUAGCAGAGGACAGGGGAAAAGUCAGCAGCACCAUCACUCUCUGGACCAGCAGCAUGCAGCCUCAGGCCCCGAGCAGCACAGUAGAGAAAAGAGUCAAAGUAAACCCUUUUCAAUGCAGGAACAGGAGCUCCGAGCACUCGGUAAGACCACCACGACAGCGGCCAACUUCAUAGAUGUGAUUAUCAUGCGUCAAAUUUCUUGCGAUAAGGGGCAGCGAGAAAGAGGCUCGCUAAGUAACGACUCCACUAGUGAUGGCUUCCACGGUGGCUACAGCCCGGACCGCAUCGAGGCCGUGAGUCCCGUGAGCUCGCCCAGCCUGGUCCAUGAGAAGGGAGCCAAGCUGCUGCAGGACCCGGAGAAGGGACACGCAGAGCAUGACCUGCGACAGAAACAGCAAGCCUCCCUGAAGGCCUCGGCUCCUGAAGCAGCCCACCUGCAGCACCUCCGCCCGUCUGAGAGCCAGCAGCCCCCGUGUCAGCCGCUGCAGUCCAGCCAGAGCGUCAAAGGCAUGAACCAGCGGGUAGUCACACUGGCCCAGCACAUCAGUGAGGUCAUCACCCAGGACUACACACGUCAUCACCCUCAGCAGCUGAACUCCCAUAUCCAGACCCCAGUGUACUCCUUCCCUGGGGCCGCGUGCCCCGUACUGGACCUGCGUCGCACCCCCAGCGAGGCCUAUCUCCAGCAGCAGGAGCACGCAGCAGCCUCCAGGAUCUCUCCGCAGAGCGAAGGAGGCAAAAGAUCCCCGGAGCAGAGCAAAGCCUCGGCAGGGAGCGGGCCAGACAACUGUAUCGAGCCCGUUUCUCCACCAGACGGCGUGGGAGAAUCGGAGCACGCCAAGAACGCCACAUACCCGAUCCUGUACCGAGAGGGCGAGCAGCUAGACCAGAGGAUGGGGUCCAAGUCCCCAGGAAAUAACACCCAGCCUCCAGCUUUCUUCAGCAAGCUGACUGAGAGCAACUCUGCCAUGGUGAAAUCCAAGAAGCAGGAGAUCAUCAAGAAGCUCAGCACGACCAACAAGAAUGAGACGGAGUACAAUGUUGGGCAGCCCGGAACAGAGAUUUUCAAUAUGCCAGCUAUUACCGGAGCAGGGCUAAUCAGUUGUAGAAGCCAGUCGGUCCAAGAGAAUUCCAGUACCAACAUGGGGUUGGAGGCAAUAAUUAGGAAAGCCCUAAUGGGUAAAUAUGACGAGCAGUGGGAAGAGCGCUCACCUCUCAGUGCCAAUGCUUUUAACUCUCUGAAUGCCAGUGCAAGCCUGCCCGCUGCUAUGCCCAUAACUCCUGCUGAUGGACGAAACGAGGACGUGCGCUCCUUGCCAGGUCUGCAGCCCUCUCCACCUUCGCUUUUUCUGUGUUAUUAAUUCUCGGCCUUUGUAUUUCCCCUUUCACGGGUGGAUUUUUUUUUUCCCCCCUCCGUUUUUGUUCAUUUUGGUUUUCUUCCCCCACCUCCCCCCAGCUUCGAGCUUUGUGAAUCCGCUGAUUAAUCCUGGUCUUGUUUGAUGUUAAUUUAAUAGUCUCGGAAGGUGCUGUUGCUUUCUCUAAACCACUGACUGUGCUCCUUUCCCCAUUUGUU